CAUGACGAGUUGGGAGUCGAGUUUGAGGCCAUGAGUACGUCGAGGUCUACAGAGACGUGGGUGAGGGAGGGGCAAGCGUGGUUGGCGAAACGAGGGCGAAUGGGGUUUGAUGUUGUGCUGAAUUCGUUGCAAGGGACGGCUUUACAAGCCGGGUGUGGUAAGUUUUUUUCCAUCAGUUUCGCUUAGUCGUUUCUUGACCUCUCCUCAACCUCUUUCAAAAAAAGCCAUGCUCGCCCCUCUCGGCCGCUUUAUUGACAUUUCCAAACGCGACGCAUUAUCCGGUACACCCAUCUCCAUGUCCCAUUUCGCAAAAGCCACAUCCUACAUUGCGGUUGAACUCGGGUCUCUUAGUAAAUUCCAACCCGAAUCCAUGAGUCAGCUUCUCGAUACCGUUCUAUCCCAACACAAUCGUACGCCAUUUAAAUUGCUCUAUUGUCACGGGUUUAGUGGGGUUGAGGGGUUGAAAGAGGCAUACCGACUCAUGGAAUCCGGGAAACAUAUCGGGAAAAUUGUCGUGGAUUUGAGUGGGCAACCAGGUGUGAUGAGGAUGUAUCGACCACGUCCGUUAUUCGAUCCUCGGAAAUCGUAUAUACUGGUGGGUGGAUGUGGAGGUCUUGGGCCGCGACUUGCUGUCAGUCUGUUUGCGAAUGGGGCGCGGAAUGUGAUUUUAACGGGGCGGAGGGGUGUAGUUGAUCGAGUCGAUCGGUUGACGAUUGAGAGUUUUAUUGGGGAUGAGCACUAUAGGGGUGCUAACGUUCGAUUCAUGGCUGCGGAUGCAUGCGACGAACACGCCAUGAAAAAAGUCGUGGAAGCCGCGAAUGCAGUGGGACCUCUUGGUGGGAUUUUUCUCAUGUCGGUGGUAUUGGCCGACGACCUCUUUGUAAACAUGACACCGGAAAAGUUCGAAACAGUCAACAAAUCCAAAAUCGGGGCACUCGCAACGCUCGAAAACGUCGUGCCAAUCCACCAAUUGGAUUUCCUAUUCCUGUUUUCGUCAACGGCUGCCUUGUUUUUUAAUCCCGGUCAAUCGAAUUAUAACGCUGCUCAAAGCUUUUUUGACCGAUACGCUCGUGAUUACUCUAACGUCAUUUCCUUUGCCGUACCCGCCAUAUCCGAUAUUGGCGUCUUUGCCGCAUUACGUGCCUCGAAAAACAGUGCGGCACUUCAAGUCCUGGACGCGUUGGCGUGUACAUCGAGUGAACUGUGCCAACAAAUUGAGGAAGCAGUGGCAAGAACGCUAACGGGACGUUCACAACAUGUCCCGUAUGUGAUCCCCGAGUUGAAUUGGAAGAUUAGUUAUGGGAUAUCACAAGCGAAUCAAACGAGUAUCGCACAUCUCGUGACGCAUGUAGAUGACAAGGACCAUGAUAAAGAAUCUACAACCGAGGAUCCGGUUGGAAAGCUCAUUACAAAAAUCCUGAAUGUGGAUGUAUCGACUGUGGAGGAUACGGUUCAUCUCAGUUCACUUGGGUUGGAUUCUUUAUCUGCGAGUCGGUUGAGUGGGGUUUUGGAAUCAGAGUUGGGCGUUCAUGUAUCGCAGCUUCAGUUAUUGGGACCGGUAUCGGUUCGGGCGUUGAGGGAUUUAGCCAAUGUUGCUGCGGCCAAGAAAGCGACCACAUUGAACGGUGUCGAUUCGCAACGAUCUGAUGAACGGAAACUUGCUUUGAUAACUGAUACGACCUUUAAUUGCAUUUCUCAAGUCGACGCUUUGGACGAUACAUCCAUUUCCGCAGGAGAUCUCAUUUAUAAGGGGAUACACACGACGGAACCCACCAUUUUCCUAACAGGCGCAACAGGCUUCCUGGGUCGUUCCAUCCUCUCUGCCCUCUUUGAUCGAUUCCCAAAAGCCACGAUCGCAUGUCUCGUUCGUGCAUCGACACCCCAACAAGGUCUAGACCGAAUCCAAAACGCUUGUGAACAAGCUCUGGUGUGGAAACCCGAGUGGAAGGAUCGGAUAAAGAUUAUUUUGGGAGAGUGUUGUCGUGAACGGCUUGGAAUGAGUUUUGAGGAUUGGGAAUGGGCUGUUCAGAGUGUGGAAUGGAUCGUGCAUGCUGCGGGUGUGGCGGAUCAUUUGAAACCGUAUGCAAGUCUCUCUGUCAACAGUACCAGCACCAAAGAAAUUUUGUGUCUUGCGACGACAUAUCGCCUUAAAGCCGUUCAAUACAUUUCAUCCACAAACCUCUUUGCCUUUUCGGGCCUGGAAACCAUUUCGGAAUCCCACAACAUCCAUGACCUCGAUCAAAGCACAUUUACGGGGUACGCUCAAUCCAAAUGGAUUGCCGAAGUGCUUUGUGAGAGGGCGAGGGGGAGGGGUGUACCCGUCAUGGUGAUUCGACCUGCGACGUUGGGUGGGAGUAGUCAAACUGGAGUUCUUUCUUUGGAUAGUUUUGUCUGGCGGUUUGUCUUGGCUGUUUGCGAAAUGGGCAUGGCACCCAAUGUCCCCUUUCAUUUCUCGGUGACACCCGUGGAUUGGUGUGCAGGAUUGAUUGUUGCAUUGGGGGCUUGUCAACAAGCAUGGCAUGUCCCCGUUUUUCACAUUACGAAUCCCGAAAUGUUCACAUGGGCGGAUCUCCCAUCCAUGAUCCCAGACGGUGUACCCCCUUGCAAAAUCAUACCUUUGGAAGAAUGGCAAAAGGAAUUUGAGCGCCAAGUUCAGAACAAUGUCCGGAAUCCAAUGGUGCCUCUUGCCCACUAUGUGAGGCAUGUGAGACAGACGAGGGUGGUUUUGCCGAGGUUUUUGGGGGAGAAUUCUAGGAGGGUGCUUGGGGAGGGGUUUGUAGAGUGUCCUAGGACGGCUGGGGAGGUUGGGAGGUUGUAUGGGAAAGAGCUUUUGAAGCAUUUUAUGGCGUCGUCCAAAGAGUGAAUGUUUGUGUGAUAUAGGGAGGAGAUGUAUAUAGCGUCUUGUAUUGGGGUUUUGUUUUUACAUGUUAGCAUUUAGUAGUGCCAUAUAUCCGUUUGUCC